AUGUCAACGCAGUCAUAUAAGAAACAGGAUGCGUAUGCGAGUACUUCGGGAACGCCUGAUAAAAUGGCUGUUUUCCAAGAGUGUCUCCAACAAUUCAAUGCCACCCCAGUGAAUGCCAAAAAGUGUCGUCAGUUGUUGGCCAAAUUGUUGAGGUUAUUAUACAAUGGUGAAAGUUUUCCUUCACAAGAGUCGACUACUUUAUUUUUUUCAAUCUCCAAGCUCUUCCAACAUAAGGAUCAAUCACUAAGGCAAUUGGUGUAUUUAACCAUCAAAGAGCUCUCUGCAACUUCAGAAGAUAUCUUGAUGGUAACUUCUUCGAUUAUGAAGGAUAUUCAAGGUAAUGAUGCAGUAUACAAACCCAAUGCCAUUAGGACCUUAUCGAAAGUGUUGGACCCCACCACGGUGACUGCGGCCGAAAGAUUAUUUAAAAAUGCCAUAGUUGACAAGAACCCGGUUGUUUCCUCAGCAGCAUUGAUUUCCUCUUACAACCUUUUACCACAUGCCAAGGACGUGGUGAAGAGGUUUGCAAAUGAAACUUUGGAAACUAUUCAGUCAUACAAAUCCUUCCCAUCCAACCAGUUUCAACUUCAUGAAUAUUAUGGAAACUCAACCUCAAACUUACCAUCAACCUCUUAUAUGUACCAAUACCAUGCUUUGGGGUUGAUUUACCAAUUGAGAAACCACGACAAGAUGGCUUUGAUGAAAUUGAUCACAACCUUGUCCGAGGGAUCUUCACUCAAAAACUCAUUAUCAAUUAUCCAGCUUAUUAGAUAUAUCAAUAAGCUUCUCGUCGAUGAUGAGGGUUUAUUUAACGUCUUGUAUCCAGUUUUGGCGGGAUUUUUGAAACACAAGUCAGAUAUGGUUGAGUUGGAGGCCUGCAAAAGUUUAAUCAACUUGCAACAUUUAAUCUCCAAUGAUCAAUACAUGUCGGUUGUUACUACUUUGCAAAAGUUGUUAGGUGUGCCACGUAUUGCAACAAGGUUUGCAGCCAUUAGAUUGAUCAACAAGAUCUCCAUUAAGCACCCCGAGAAGAUCAUGGUGGUCAAUUUGGAAUUGGAAGGGUUGAUUAAUGACACUAACAGAUCCAUUUCGACAUUAGCAAUCACUACUUUGUUGAAGACAAUGGGUGCAGGUACGGUUGAAAAUGAUUCAGGAUCCGGGGCAGCAGCAGCAGCAGCAGCAACCGCAGCACCAACUGUCGGCGGCGAAAGUGUUGAUAGGUUGAUUGGCAAAAUGACUUCAUUGAUGAAUGAAAUUACCGAAGACUUUAAGAUUGUCAUUAUUGAAGCUACUGAGAAUUUGGCCUUAAAAUUCCCUUCAAAACACAAGAAAUUGGUAUCGUUUUUGACCGAUUUAUUAAGAGACGAUGGCUCUUUGGAGUUGAAAACAGCUAUUGUUGAUGCUCUUUUUGACUUGAUAAAGUUCUUACCUAAUGACAGUGCAAAGCAAUUGAUUUUGAUGAACUUGUGUGAAUUUAUCGAGGAUUGUGAGUUUACAGAACUUUCUGUUCGAAUUUUGCACUUGUUGGGAGAUGAAGGUCCAACUACAUCAAAUCCAUCCUACUAUAUUAGACAUAUUUACAACAGGUUGGUGCUAGAGAACUCCAUUGUCAGAUCAUCGGCAGUGAUUUCUUUGGCUAAAUUUGCCGCUGUUUGCGGAGGAGAUGUGGCCAAGAAUAUUGUUAUUCUCUUGACCAGAUGUUUGAAUGAUGUUGACGAUGAAGUGAGGGAUAGGGCUGCAAUCUCAUUGAGCUUUAUCAACAACAAAAAAAAGAAUUUGAUUGUAAGCGAUUUCAAAUAUGAUUUGGCAACUUUGGAAAGCAAGCUUGUUAACUAUUUGAGCGAUACAGAUAACUUUGCGCAAAAGUUUGACAUCUCCGAGGUUCCAACAGUUUCUGCUGAUGAAUUAAAAUCUAUUGAGUACAAUAGAAAGUUAAAGAGUUUUGAACGCGACAACAGCGAGACUUCGGCCCAAGGUACUAUUGAUAGUGCUACAGGCGGGAACGGAAGAGGUGGUACAGGAGAAUCAGCAACAAGUGGAAAGCAAUCCGAUUCCGCAAGGGAUCAUAAUGCUAACGAGUUGUUGAAACAACAAGAAUAUGCACAAGAGCUCUCGAGUAUCCCAGAGUUUGAGUCGUACGGCAAGUUGUCAAAAUCCUCUCUUGCUCCAGUUUUCCUUACUGAUAAAGAAAAUGAGAUUGUUGUUAAUGUAGUUAAGCAUUUCUUCCUUGAGUCACAGAAAUUGGUUUUGCAGUACAAUAUAAACAAUACUUUGCCACAUACCUUGCUCCAGGAUAUCUCAGUUAUUGCACAACCAGAUAACGAAGAGUACCAAGAAGAUUUCAUUUUGCCAAUACUGGAAUUGAAACCUGAUGAAGUGGGAGUUGUUUAUGUGUCAUUUAGCACACCAAGUUUGGCCGAUGGUGAUAUUUUGUCAGCAUUUGGAAACACUGUGGCAUACACCAAUCGUGAUCUUGAUGACGAGGGCCAAGUUGACCCAUCAGAUGAUGGCUGGUCUGAUGAGUACCAGAUUGAUGAUUUGGAAUUAUCAGCUGGUGAUUUCAUUAAUCCAUUGUACAAUUCAAACUUUACAGCCAUUUUUGACUCAUUACCAUCCGAGCAAGACUCUACCACUGGUUAUAUUGGCAAUGUCGAUACAAUGGAGAAAGCUGUUAAUGUGUUAAAGACAAGAUUAAAUAUGAUGGCACUCGACGGAUCUGAUUACGUUUCCAACGAUUCGAAUUCGCAUUCUUUGAAAUUGCUCGGUAAAGAUGUCUGGGGCGGUAAAGUUGGAGCUUCAAUCAGAUUGGCCAAAUCGGGAGGUAAAAUUGUCGGAAGGAGCGAGGUGAAAGCAGAGACCGAAGGAUUUGCAGAGAUUGUUAAGAAUAGUUUGUACACUUCUUAA